AAUGGUCAAUUAAGCAGCCAUGCAUGGAAGUAUCUGCUUGCUCCACUUCCACUUUUAUUUGUGCCAACAAGUUGAACAUAGGCCAUGAAUUAUAUCAGUGUAAAAACUAUAAUGGGUCUUUGGAGUAAGGCUGUGUGUGUGUGUGUGUGUGUGUGUGGACGGCCUAUACUGUCAAAAUGUUCAUUCCUUCUGUAUUGGAGGCAUAGUUAUGUAUUUGUAACUUAAAAGGUCUAAUCGAAUUUCAUGCAAACACCUGAAACCAUAUUAUGUGUAAAUCACCUUAAAGGGGAAAUCAGUAAUUGCUACAUUCAUUUUUUGACUAAUGAAUGUUUUAUAUGAACUCAUUGAUUCUUGAAUAAUAUGACUUAGUACCCCAUCAGAACCCAAAAUAUAGACCUAAACUUUUUUUACUUCAAAGUUUGUAAACAAAGUAAAUGUAAGCAAACACUAUAUAGCCUCAACACAUGGUUAUAACUAUAAUUUUGAUAUCAUGGACUGUCAGUCCUGCAUUCAGCUUUUUACCAAAACAGGGGCGGGGAUGCCUUUUUUUAACCGUUUCUACUGCUGAUUGACAUUUUAAGAGCCUUGUUUCUGUUCUCAUGGUGCCCAUUUCUGGAAGGGGUUCUAAAAUGUAUCCCAAAAUAACUUGAAUGUGCCAUCUGAGCUACCAGAGAGAGACAGAGAGCGCGCGAGACAGAGGCGGGGGAAGCAAUAACAUGUAUUAGGCUUCUACAAAUUAAUUGAACUAUAUCCUAAUUUGUUGAAAUACUGGCAUUUUCAAUUGUAGAGGUAAUCUACCAACGUGUAUUUCAUGUUUGCAGUUUACUAGUGUAGACAUUUGUUUAUGUGCCAAAUGUUGGCUAAUAUUUGCGCCCACUCGCGUUUUUCGAAAUAUAGGUUAUAGUGAUAUACACCGUCGCAGUGGGAGAGAUAACGUUUUGGGAAGGGGAUUAAGUAAGCAGCUGAAAACGAGCUUCCUUCUAAGGAGGAACUUCCUUCCGUGACCAGAGCGCAAACAUGGAGCGAGCCUUUUAUAAGCGUGAACUUUCAGCAGAAUAAACAGUCUAAACUAGGCUAUAGCCUACAUUGACUUCUAAUACGCGCAAGAGUUGUAGGCCUAAUUAGAAAGUUGUAACAACUGAGUUUUAAAAAUGAAGAACCUAAUAGUGAUGGUGUUUGUUACUCUAACAUUCUUGAUGAGAGUGGGAGAAGCCAAACAUAAUGCAUACUGCGAGGGGAAUCAUUGUUUUGCUGUUUUCCAGGAUCCAGUCGAUUUUGCAACGGCUCAAAAACAUUGUGAGAGCAAUAAUGGACAAUUAAUGACAGUGCGAUCUUCGGAAUCACAAUACAUAAUUUCGAUUUUAAUCGGUAUUACAGGAGAUUACUGGAUUGGUUUGCGGUUACCGAGUGGACAAUGUCCGGACAGUGCCUCUGAUUUGCGGGGGUACAGAUGGAUAACGGGAGAUAAUUCAACAGACUUUCAAAACUGGGGGGUCAUUGACAAUGUCUGCUCUUCAAAAUGUGUCUCGGUGUCCAAAAUCGACUUGAAUUGGACAGAACAAUCAUGCGACAGGGAAAUAGACGGAUACCUUUGUGAGUAUAAUUUCCCAAGUGUCUGCAAACGUAUUGACAUAAAAAGCGAGGAAUCCGUACUAUAUGAGACUACAUUUGGAUUCGAGGGAGAUGACCUACUGGUAUUGCCUAUGGGAAGCACUGCAACGGUCAACCCCUUUGAUUCCAAGUAUAUCUGUCUCUCUGAACAGUGGAUGCAAGCACCAUGGACUUGCGAUGUAUUGAAAGGUGGUUGUGAGGAUGAGUGCUUAUCGAUUAAUCAACAACCUGUAUGCAUCUGCCCACCUGGAAAAAUUCUGCAUGACAAUAAAUUUACAUGUGUUGUUGUGCAAAACGAUCCCUGCCUUCAUUUCGGGUGUGCACACGUUUGCUACCAGAAAAAUGACAGCUCCAUCGCCUGCAUGUGUCACCAUGGGUACGCACUGGCAGAAGAUGGGAAGAAGUGCAAAGAUAUUGAUGAUUGUUUCGAUGAUAGUCAGUGCCCGGGACAGAACUAUGAGUGUGUCAACAAUAUUGGUGGAUUUAAAUGCAGAUGCCAAAAUGGAUUCAAAAUGAUGAAUGACGUAUGUAUUGACGACGAUGAGUGCUACAUGGAUGGACCAUGCGAGCAUAUUUGCGAAAAUACACUGGGCAGUUAUAAUUGCUCCUGUUUUGAAGGAUAUAUUGCAACGAGAAAAGACCCUAACAAAUGUCAACUUCAUUGUCCUUUCGAAGAGUGUCUUGCAGAAUGUGACCCAAAUGAUCCACAUCAAUGCAACUGUCCCGAGGGUUACCUGAUCGAUGUAAGAAAUGAAAUUAGAUUUUGCAUGGACAUUAAUGAAUGUGAUAAUGGUUACUGCGAACAUAAAUGCACAAAUACGUAUGGAGGUCAUAUGUGUUCUUGCUAUGAGGAAUUCGACUUGGUUGACGGAUGGAAAUGUGUUGAGAGAGAACUGUCGGAGGGUUCAGGCUUUACGACACCAUCUGAUUUUAUUACACCAAGUGUCAAAUAUCCAACUCAGCGCCCCUCAACUGUGACAGCAGGUGGUCUAAUUGGAAUAAUAGUGUGUAUUGUCAUUGUCGUUUUGGUGAUGAUAUUUUUACUCCAGCAUAUACUUAAACGUCGCAGCAAAUUGGAAGGUCCAAGUGCGCCCAAAACCCAAGGCGACGAUGGACACGAUUUGGAGCAAGUAAGGACGGAAAAGUACCCAAAACCAUCUAUGGACAGGAAUUUCAAACAAAACACUUAGCUUAUGGUAUUAUGUGUGUCAUUUUCAUUGCCAUAUAGGCAGUUCACACUCAACUAUUGGCAAUCAAUUGUUUUUUAAUUUCAUUAUACGGUAUCCAGAGUGCAGGCCAUGGCAUAUACAUGUAAAUAUCUCAUCAUCACAUCCUCACCUUGUCACACAGCAAAUGACAUAUCAGCCAACAGCCAAUAAGAAGGUAUCUUUCAAAACAAUGUGUGUAAAGAAAAAAAACAUAGCAUUUUUAUUUUCAUUAUGUGCAAAUUUUCCUCUAGCUCACCACAAGUCCCAAUCCUUUCUAAAGUGUGACCCCUUGUGGACUAUUAAAGAGACUGCUAUUUAAUUAUGCUUAUUUAA